AUGUCUGACAAGCUUACCCGUAUUGCGAUCAUCAACAGUGACAAGAAAUGUCGUCAAGAGUGCAAGAAGUCUUGCCCCGUGGUCCGCACAGGCAAGCUUUGCAUUGAAGUCGAUCCCACUUCUAAGAUCGCCUUUAUCUCCGAGCGCCUGUGCAUUGGUUGUGGUAUCUGCCCCAAGAAGUGCCCAUUCGGAGCCAUUCACAUCAUCAACUUGCCCACCAACCUCGAGACCCAAGUCACCCACCGCUACUCGGCCAACAGCUUCAAGCUUCACCGACUUCCUAUGCCCCGUCCCGGUCAGGUCCUCGGUCUGGUUGGAACAAACGGUAUCGGAAAGAGUACCGCGUUGAAGAUUCUUAGUGGCAAGCUCAAGCCUAACCUCGGUCGUUACGACAACCCUCCUGACUGGGAGGAGAUUCUGAAGUACUUCCGUGGUUCCGAUUUGCAAAACUACUUCACCAAAAUUCUAGAAGACAAUCUGAAGGCGGUUGUGAAGCCUCAAUAUGUCGAUCAGAUUCCCCGUGCGGUGAAGGGACCAAUUCAGCAGGUUCAGGAGCUCAUCUCGGCGCGCGCUGCGCUGGGUAACGAGGAGGAAAUUAUGGACGUCCUCGAGCUGAAACAAGUUGCGCAGCGUGAUAUCGGUCACCUUUCCGGUGGUGAGCUCCAGCGUUUUGCAAUUGGUCUGGUUUGCGUGCAGAAGGCCGAUGUCUACAUGUUCGACGAGCCUUCCUCAUAUCUCGAUGUUAAGCAGCGUCUGGCUGCUGCCCGUACUAUCCGCAGCCUCCUCCGCCCCGACGACUAUGUCAUUGUUGUUGAGCACGAUUUGUCCGUUCUCGAUUACUUGUCCGACUUCAUUUGCGUGUUGUAUGGUCGUCCUGCUGUUUACGGUGUCGUCACUCUGCCUUCUUCCGUCCGUGAGGGUAUCAACAUCUUCUUGGAUGGUCACAUUCCUACCGAGAAUUUGCGAUUCCGUGAGGAAUCUCUCACUUUCCGUCUUGCCGAAGCGGGCGAAGAGUUCAUUGCGGAUAAGGAUCGUGCCUUUGCCUAUCCAUCGAUGGAGAAGACUUUGGGUGACUUCCACCUGAAGGUUGAUGCCGGAAAGUUCACCGACUCCGAAAUUGUUGUCAUGAUGGGUGAGAACGGAACUGGAAAGACCACUUUCUGUAAGAUGCUUGCUGGUGCAUUGAAGCCCGAUGGCCUUAUCUCUGUCCCCAAGAUGAACAUCAGCAUGAAGCCCCAGAAGAUCACUCCCAAGUUCACGGGCACUGUACGCCAACUCUUCUUCAAGCGUAUCAAGACUGCUUUCCUGUCUCCUCAGUUCCAGACCGAUGUCUACAAGCCCCUGAAGAUGGAUGACUUCAUCGACCAGGAGGUUCAGAACCUGUCCGGUGGUGAAUUGCAGCGUGUCGCUAUCGUCUUGGCCCUGGGUAUGCCCGCUGACAUCUACCUGAUUGACGAACCCAGUGCCUACCUUGACUCCGAGCAGCGUAUUGUUGCUGCUCGUGUCAUUAAGCGUUUCAUUAUGCACACCAAGAAGACCGCUUUCAUCGUCGAGCACGAUUUCAUCAUGGCCACCUACCUGGCUGAUCGUGUUAUCGUCUUCGACGGCCAGCCAUCCGUGAAUGCUCGUGCUCAAACUCCCGAGUCUCUGGUCGGUGGUUGCAACCGCUUCUUGAAGAGCUUGGAUGUGACUUUCCGUCGUGACCCCAUCAGUUACCGCCCCCGUAUCAACAAGUACAACAGUCAAAUGGACCAGGAGCAGAAGCUGGCAGGCAACUUCCAAUUGGAAGAUCAUGUGGUUAAUGGGGAUCCCAGGCGUACGCAGAGCCUCGACGGUUCAGGGCAAGGAUACCGUCACCGCGCCGGGCCUUCUUCCGGUGCCGACGACGGUCUCUUGGAUGACGAAGGCGAUGAUGACGAUUUAAAUGGCGACAGUGACCCCGGCUAA